AUGGACGAACCGGCGACGGAAGAGGAUCUUCGCAAGAAGAAACUCUCCGGAGCCGCAAAGAGAAGGAAGGCUCGGGAGCGGAGGGGGGGGGGGGCUCAGGCCCAGGCUCAGGCUGGGACUGGGAUUGGGCCUUCGCCGGCCGUUCCGGGGACCUCUUCUUCCUUGUCCUCGGCUAUCCCCCAGACGCCGGUUGGGAGGCCUCAGGGGAACUCCGGCAAUAAACGUCGGAAGGACCCUGAUGGGACCCCACAAUCGGCGGAAGGGGCGAAGAAGAAGCAGAGGGUCCAAGGGACCAAUGCUCACGUUGACGCCGCGGACCCUCUGACGAGGGUGAUUGUCGAGGAGGGUUACCCUGAUGCUGUGAUGACUGCUGAGCGGUUAGCGCAGCUGAGGAGUGCGGUCUUCAAGGAGAUCCAGGGGAUUCCAGAGGGUAUCCUGCCCAGAUUUGACAGCACCACUCUGAGGGGGGGGGCUGCGGUGGUGAGGUGCGCGGAUACGGAGUCCCUGAAAUGGCUCGAAAGCCGAAUCGGGGGCAUCGUGCCGUGGGAGGGCGCCAAGCUCAGGGUGACGGAACUGAAGGUGCUGCAAAAGCAGUACAGGGCUGCGGUGUGGGUCCCGGGACCUCCCGUAGGCGCGGCUGUGGUCCUGGGGCUGCUGGAGCAGCAGAAUCCGGGAAUCGUCAUCUCGGGCUGGCGCGUUUAUGCUGAGAAUGUGGGGGCUACCUGCGAGGGUAGAAACCUCAUUCUCGGCAUCCCCCAGUCCAGCGUCAAUAGACUUAAUAGCGCUGGACUUUAG